AUGUCUACUCCUUUACCUGUGUCAGUGUAUCCUUCUCUUGUCCCUAUUGUUCCUGUUCCUUCUAUAUCUGAUCCUCCUGUGACUGAUCCUCCUGUGACUGAUACAUCAAGUUCAGCAGAGAUACAUAAGAUUAUGACACCUGAGUUUGCAACAAUGGUGAAAUCAAAUUCCGACAAGUCCUCCAAAAAUCCGGAAGACAUAGACACCCUCAAAUCCGAUGUAGCCUCUUUCGCUUCUUCGCUUGGGUUGUCCACUUCACAAUCCUAUUCAGGUUUCAACGAUGUCGAUUUUCGCCAAACCAACAAGCCAAACAAGCCACAGAAGAAGCAAAAAGCACCUGAAAAAACUACACCCCAAAAUACCCAGAAGCCAAAAAACAAGACUUUAAACAGAAACAAUGGACCCCAUGAGAAACCAAACACCAACCCCAAACCUAAACCCCCUGUUCUGUCAGUGGACGCUGCCAAUAAGGAAAAGGGGUUCAACAAGUUUAGGAUUCUUCCCAAGCUUCCUUUGAUGAAAGCAAAUGCUUUGGGUGUGUGGUUUGAGGAUGCGGCUGAGCUGGAAGCCAAGGUGAUUGGUGAGGAGAAGAAGGUGGAGAUAAGGAAUGUGGAAGAGUGGAAAGGCUUUGUGGAGAAGAAGAGGGAAGUGUGUGAGAGGUUGAUGGCACAGUAUGCUCAGGAUUAUGAGUCAUCAAGGGGACAGAGUAGUGAUAUUAAGAUGUUGGUUUCCACACAGAGGUCAGGGACUGCUGCUGACAAAGUAUCUGCAUUUUCUGUGUUGGUUGGGGACAACCCAAUUGCAAACUUGCGGUCAAUUGAUGCUCUUUUGGGAAUGGUUACUUCCAAGGUUGGAAAGCGCCAUGCCUUGACAGGUUUCGAAGCACUCCAAGAAUUAUUUAUUGCAAGCUUAUUACCAGAUCGCAAAUUGAAGACCCUGAUACAGCGGCCGCUAAAUCACGUUCCAGAAACUAAAGAUGGUUAUUCACUUCUCCUUUUCUGGUAUUGGGAGGACUGUUUGAAGCAGAGGCCAUAUACGUGCUAUUGAGUAGAAAGUCAGAGCAAGAGCGCAAACUACUUUCUGCACUUGUUAAUAAACUUGGGGAUCCAGAUUCUAAGGCUGCAUCUAAUGCUGACUUUCACUUGUCCAACCUUCUGUCUGACCACCCAAAUAUGAA